GUUUUCAAAUUAUAAUUAAGCCCACCGUGAGAGAAGAUCCCAGUUCAAAGGUGACUCCCCUACUCCCCGAGCUCAAAUCGGAGUCCAGGACAGCCGGGCCAUUGCCCGCCACAGACAGGACCACCAGGCUGGCCAACAAGACCAAUCUAAACCAAAUCAAGUUGACCAUAGCGCAGCCAGCGGAGCCCAGCGAAGAACUGAGGAACUGAGGAGCCGGCCCGGAGUAAACUCCAGUUUGAACAAGUGGCCAAGUCGCAAUUCCAUUCGCGUGGCUCUCCAAUUUGGUCCGCUUGGAGCGUGUCUUGACCGCAUUGCAAGUAGCUAUUUGGCCAAGGCAUUAGCCCAAAACCGGGUCACUUGGCCGGGGCUCUAAUUCAAUUAACAAGUUUGCCAUUUUGAUAGAACGCUAAGACAAAAAGAUGAGCUAUGAAUGUGGAAGAAAUCAAGGGCCCAAUCUUUGAUUCAGUUUGUAAAGAUGUGUGCAACUUGGCUGAAGCUAUUGCUCACGGCCUGGCUCUUGGGCGAGUGCCAGAGCAGUUUGCCGGAUGAAUUUGCUCCGCUGGCGACAACGACGACGAGUCACGAAGCCGGGAAAGUCAACAAUGUCACGCUGACUCCGCCAGGACGCGUCGCACAGGGAAAACAGGACGAUUUCGACCGGGACCUGGAGCAGGACGACCCACUGACACCACAUGCGGCCCCAUCGUCGCAGCGGAAACUCUCGAGAGGCAAGCGUUUUGUGGCCUUUCCCCAGGGUUCAUCAGCUUCGGGCGCUGUCUGUCUGACCACCGGUGUCAUCGGCAACCCCAACCUGCUGUACCUCAGUCUGGGCAUCAAUUGGGGCGUUGCCUACGACCUGCCCAACAUCACCUGGGUGCUGCAGAAUGCCCACGGCUGGACCACAAAGAAGUCGGCCAAGGCGCAAAUCAAGCGCAGACAUCGCAGGGAGCUCUAUAGCCGCCUGGAGACGAUGAUAGACAGCCAUGAUUUAUGGUCGCCGCCAACAUUGAUGACUAUGAUGGAACGUGCAGACGACUCCGCUCCAUCCACGUCCUCGUCCGCACCCGGAUCUCUGGGCACAUCCUCGCAGCUGUUGCACCGGCGCUGGCAACGAGUGCUCAGUCGUCCGAAGCGCUAUCUCAGCUUCCCCGAGGGCUCCUCGCUUUCCGUGGCCGUCUGCUUCACCGUGGGCAUCAUUGGCAAUCCGUACUAUGGCUACAACAGUUUCGGCCUCAAUUGGGGCGUGGCCUACGACCUGCCCAAUACCACGUGGGUCCUUCAGCACCUGCACGGAUUCGCCACUCAUCCAGUGGGACCGGCCAUCCUAAGACGAAGGUCCAGGAGCGCCAUCUACCAGAGGAUAGAGACCAUUGUCGAUAACAUGGGUUACAAUGGAAGGGACUGUGUCUUGAGAACCCUCUGCGAGAGUCGUCAGUACUUCCAGCGCACCAAGAUGAGCAUGGUGGGCGAGAUGCUGCGCACUAUAUUCAGCUUGCCGAAGCAGCGAAUUUUCACACGCGAACUGCACGAGAACUCGGACAUCUUCCACUACGACCAGGCCUACAGAAAUGCCCACAACGACGACUGCACCCAGUACCACUGUCACUUCUCCCUAUUGGAACUGGCCUUUGGAAAAUAUACGACGCCGCCGAAAAAUUAUUACGCCUAA